UGCAGAGAUCGGCCUCUCCCACUUUCAUUCGGAAACAUUUUUUGUAUUGCACCCAUCACGCCUUCGCAAGCAUAAACUCCAAGAUGGCGAAUCAGGAAUCGCAAAACACCUCUAAGCCAUCAGACACAACCACGCAAGCAGCUGCAGGUGCAGGUACCGUAGUAUCGGCGACUGCUGCAGCACCCGGGGGAACGGCCUCACCCAAGGAUGUUAACAAUAAUAACCAGCCACCCACGGUAGCAAUUGAGGAGCCAGCCGCAGCCCAGUCACCUGGAGCGACGUCCUCCGCGUCCGAGGUCAAUCCAAAUGACCCGAUGAACUUUGGUCGUCAUCGCCGCGAGAAUGUCUCUAAGCGGCAGAUGAAGAUUGACCAUCCAAAUGGAAACAAGAAGGCUCUGAAGAAGUUCUACUCUAGGCAGAAUGAACUUAUCGAUCAAUUUCUAGGUGCCGAUGAUGAGGAACGACUGCAGGUUGAGGAGGACGUCCGAGUGGCUCCGAAGAUCAAGUUUGCCGUCAAUGCCUCCUUUACGGUAAACUUCUGCCUCUUCGUAAUUCAGCUCUAUGCUGCUAUCUCGACUGGGUCGCUAUCGCUGUUCGCAACCGCUGCUGAUGCUUUUAUGGACCUUGUCUCGUCUUUUGUAAUGAUGAUAACCUCGCGCAUGGCAGCUAGAGCCAGCGUCUAUAAGUACCCGGUUGGCCGCACCAGGAUUGAGACUAUCGGAAUUAUCCUCUUCUGCGCAUUGAUGACUACUGUUGCCAUCCAACUGCUUAUCGAGUCUGCGCGCACCCUCGGUGGCGGGCCGAGCGAAUCUGAUGAACUCCAACUCGUCCCCAUAAUCUUUGUGGGCGUUGCUAUCUUUGCGAAGGGAAGUCUCAUGCUUUACUGCCUUGCAUAUCGCAGGUACCCAUCGGUUCACGUCUUCUUCGUCGACCACCGAAAUGACAUUGUUGUCAACUCAUUCGGUUUGAUCAUGUCGAUAGUUGGUGACCGAUUUGUUUGGUACCUGGAUCCUAUCGGAGCCAUAUGCAUCGCCCUCCUGAUCCUCUUCUCGUGGAUCGCCAAUGCAUUCGAACAAGUCUGGUUACUUGUGGGGAAAUCUGCCCCAAAGGAGUUCGUCUCAAAAGUCAUCUACAUGAGCAUGACGCACGACCCCCUAGUUCGGAAGGUGGAUACAUGCCGAGCAUAUCAUGCCGGGCAGAACUAUUACGUCGAAGUUGAUAUAGUCAUGGACCAAGACGUUCCCCUCAAGAUCUCUCACGACGUGAGCCAAUCUCUUCAGAGGAAGCUCGAAGGCUUGAGCGAUGUCGAACGAGCAUUCGUCCACGUCGAUUAUGACGACGACCACGACAUCCACCAGGAGCACAAGCCCCUGUACGAAGAGAAGAAGCAGGGCAGAACUCUCAAGGACAUUUUGCUCUUCCGAAAGAAACAAGGCGAGGAUAUACUUCGAAAUGAGGAUAGAUCGAGAUGACGAGGGAGUGCCAUUCUGUUCACCCAUUGCAAUUUGAACUUCGACACAAGAGGUAGGACCUAGGGGUUAUAGACGGUAAGGGGUUAGUAGGUAUAGAGGCGAGCUACGAGGCUGCGUUCGCUCGCAGGGAUCAAAAUCGAAGCUACGGAUUUAACUAUCGAACAAAAAAAGAGGUUGGUUGGUUGGUUGAUUGAUUGAUUGAUUGAGGUUAUUCAAGAGUUGGUCUACCAACGAGGAAACGAAUAAUAUGUGCGACGUGCGAUUUUUCAUUCUGUACCUAUAAUAGCGAUGAGCGAUGAGCGACCAGACUUCAUUUCACCAGCGGAUACGAUUUUUGAGCGCGACCUUUUUGACGGAAAAAAUAGAACACACAUUCCCUCAAAUUAUAGUUGAAACAGUGAAGAUGAUGUUUGAAUUUGAUUAAAAAAAAAAAACAC